UAUAGAAAUGGAAAUCUGGGCAACUACUACCCGCUGUCAACUCACCUCUUCGCAAGAGCUAGUAACGUGUGCAAUUUCGGAUAGGAAAACCGCUUACACUUGAGAUACAGAGGCUACCCACAUUACCCUGAGGAAAUGUCUGCCUUAAGUAUCUUCAUAGUGCGCAGCUAGUAGUCCUACAGCACGCAACUGAGCGGGCGUGGCCUUCCUAUCCCGCGCCUAGCCCUUUGCAAAAAAUGUCAGAGGCGCCGCCCAAACAAAUAAAAAAGUGCAAGUCUGAGUUGCCAGUAUCAACAAAGGCAGCCGGCCGCGCUAAGGCAGCGUCUGAGAUUGCGGUGCCUGUACAGGGCAAUCGCAACCGCGAUGGCGACAACGGUCCUGAGCCUGAUGCCAAGUCGGCAAAAUCUGAACCUGGAACCACUUCAGCACCCCAUACCUUCAGCGGCGGCGGAGAGCUUGGAGGUGUGGAGCAAUCUCAGUCGUCCGUCAGCCCCCCUCGGGUGCGCCCUUCCAUGGGUGGUCACGCAGACCAGCUGCGGGUGGUGCCCCCGUCAGUCAAAUAUGCCGAGAUGUUCCGGAUGUACGACACGGACAACGACAACUACAUCGACCAUGCCUCCAUGGUGGCAGCCUUCUCGCAGCUUCAACUGCUGGAAGGGCUAAACCCCAAACUCCUCGGCCAAGUCCUCGGCAUUCCCACCUCCGAAUACGCUACCCGCAACCGCACCUACACGCCCCACCAGUUCCUCGCGAACUGCGCGCGACUGGCUGCCUGGCAGGCGCGCAACGCGCGUGAGCUGCGCAUCCGCGCUGCCUCCCGCGUGCCGGGCGUUCCGCGGGGUGCUGAGCGUGCUGAGCUGCUGCGUCGCGUGUACAGCCGGUUCGCUGUGGGGCCGGGUCAGGGGCGGCUGGUGACGGAGGCGGACUAUGGGGAGUUCCGCAUGAUGGCUCGUCAGCUGUGUCGUGCGGUGGAGGAGAUGAAGCUGCUGCAGCCGCAAGGCCCUCUUUCCAGCGUGUCCGUGGACCUGAUCUUCACCAAGGUCAAGCAACCGGGCAGCCGCAAGAUCAACUACCAGGCCUUCCUGCGCGCGCUGGCGGCCAUGCAGGAGGAGAGCGGCGUGGACGUGUGGGCGGCGGCGAACGAGUUGGGCAUGCGGCUGAGGCAGCAGGCACCGCCAUCCAUGGAAGCCUCCUUCGGCAACGGCCCCGAGGAGCAGGACCCGGGCAUCUACAUGGGCAUGGACUACGAGGACGAGAUGCUGUCGGGGCUGCCACGACUGCCGCCGCAGCAGCAGCAAUCCACACUGGGCGGGGAGGACCGCUCCAUGCCGCUGCGGGCCAGGAGCAAGUACUACGAGCGUGUCAUGGCGGAGGAGCCUCCCGAGGGCGCCUCCGCGCCCGGCCCGCUGCCCCCCGUCAGCACCCUGGUCAGCCGCCGCUCCUCGCUGCUCAACCCGGGCAGUGGGGCGCUGGCGCCGCUGCCUCGGGAGGCCUUUGUGACGUCGGCCAGCAGCGGGGAGGACCCGCUGAGCAAGCUGGCGCGACAGAGCACCGGAAUCAAGUCCCUGCAUCCACAGGGCUCCACCAACUCCCUGCUUGUGGGUCCCCCUCUGCGGCCCAUCAAGGCCUUCGAGCCCGCCAGCGACCCAAACGACUCCUCUCCGCAGGCGCUGCUUCAACGACUUCAGGACCUGGAGCGGCAACUGCAGGAGCAACGAACCCUCAUGGAUGAAGCUCGUGCCGUACACGAACGCACCGUCUACGCCGAGCAAAUGGCCGACGCCGCCAACCAAGCCGCCGCCGACGCCGCCCUCGCCGCCUCCGAGGCCGCCGCCACCGCCGACAUGGCGGCGGCCGACGCCAACGCAGCCAUGCAGGCCGCGGACGAGGCUGGAGCCUCUGUGGAACCUCUUGAAGCUCGUGUCAAGGCUUGCGAAGACGGCCUAGCGGAGGAGAAGGCGGCUGGAAGGCGGCGAGAUGCGGAGCUAGAGGAGCUCAGGAGACGGCUGGAGGAGGCGAAGGGUGACUGGCAGCGUGUGGAGGGGGCGAUUGGGACGGUGGCGGCGACGGCGUCGCAGGCGGCGCUGCAGGUUCACCUCCGACAGCAGCUAGAGAUGAUGCUGACGUCGGAUGACGCCGGGGCGCUGGGCGGGUUGUUGCGUCUGCACAUCCUGGGGAUCAUUCAAACGGAAAUGCGGGAGGUGAAGCGAGUGGCGGCCGAGCAUGCGAUGAUGAGGGCGGUGGGAGAUGACGAGACGGAGGCGGCGGCGGCCGCCGCCGCCGCCGCGGCGGCGGCGGCAGCUGCCGCUGCCUCCGCUGCGAGGGAGCGGGCGACUGCGGAGAUGACCGAGAUGCAGGCGAAGCAGAUGGCGGCGAUGGUGGGGCGGGUGGAGGCGUUGGAGACGGCGUUGAGGGUGGCGGAGGAGGGCGCGACGGCGGCUCGGUCCGCAGCGGAGGCGGCAGCGGAGCGAGCAGAGAAGCUGCAGCUCGACGUGGCGGCGGCGUCGGCUGCAGCGGCGGCGUCGGCCGCAGCCGCUGCGGCGACCGCCGCCACGACUGCGGCGGCUUCCGAUGCGGAGCGGACGCCAACCUCAGACGGCACGGAUCGCAAGGCGGCUCCGGGACGACGUGCAACGAAGCCGGGCGCCUCCUCCCCCUCCCCCUCCCCCUCCGCCGCCGCCGCCGCUAACUCAGCGGCGGAUGAGAAGCCCCUCGCCAAGCUCGUCGCAGCACUCGAGGCGGCUCUCAUUGUGCUCAAUGCGCGGGUGCAGAUGCUGCGCGACCGAAUGCCGCAUGCGGGUGGUACGACAUCCGACAUGGAUGCGCAGACGGCGGCGGCGGCAGCGUCCAUGGCGGCCGCCGCCGCCAAGGCCGCCGCCGCACUGACGGCAGCGAACCAGGCCGGCAGCGCUCCUGGGGACCGGCGAGUCGCGUUGGAGGAGCUCAUGGUGAACAUCGACCGUCAGUUGGCUCUCGUGGUGGUCAACAUUGGCAAGCUCAGCGUCGCCCGGGGCGUGGGUCCGACCCAGCUGCAUGUGCAUGGGGUCGUACUGCCGUUGGGGGGUGCGAAAGGAGCAGGAGCGGGAGCCGGUGGGCGUGGGGGGUCGGGAGGUCGCACCGGCAAGAAUGCGGGGGGCAGGGGGGCUUCAGGGACCAAUGUCAGCAUUGGCGCCGAUGCGUCAAGUGGCGGAGGCGACGCUGCGGCGGAGGCGGCCCUGGCGGCGCUCACAGCUGACGUGGCUGCCGUACAAUCGGCUGUGGGCAUGCUCAAGGACGCGAUCAUGCGGUCCGCCGCCGCCGCGGCGGCGGCGGCCGCGGGACAGGCAGUCGUGCCACUUCCUGCCGCCGAGUCGUCUUCUCAGGCAGAUGCGUUGCUGCAGAGGCUGCAGGAGCAGCUGGAUGCGAUGCGUCGGGAGUUGGCAGCCGCGAAAAGCGGUGUAACGGAGGAUCAGCUUAACGCGUUGCGCAAGGAAAUGGCAGCCGCGAAAAGCGGUGUAACGGAGGAUCAGCUUAACGCGUUGCGCAAGGAAAUGGCAGCGGCGAAAAGCGGUGUCACGGAGGAUCAGCUUAACGCGUUGCGCAAGGAAAUGGCAGCGGCGAAAAGCGGUGUCACGGAGGAUCAGCUUAACGCGUUGCGAACGGAGAUAGCAGCGGCGAAAAGCGGUGUCACGGAGGAUCAGCUUAACGCGUUGCGCAAGGAGAUGGCAGCGGCGAAAAGCGGUGCGACAAAGGAGCAAAUUGAAGCGUUGCGCAAGGAACUAGCCGCCAUGAAAAGCGGUGCCACGGAGGAACAACUUGACUCGUUGCGUAAAGAGCUGGCUGCCGUCAAGAGCCGUGCAACGGACGAACAACUCGAAGCCUUGCGCAAGGAGUUGGCAGCCUUGGGCGGCCGCGCUUCGGAGGAGCAGCUCGAGGCAUUGCGCAAGGAGCUAGCAUCCGUCGGCGGCCGUGCCACGGAGGCCUUGGAGGAGGCGAGGAACGCCAGGGAGGAAGCACGGUUCGCAAAAGACGAGGCAAGAAACGCAAAGGACGAGGCAAGGAACGCAAAGGAGGCGGCGGUGGCGGCGGCAGUUCGCUCUGCCCCUAGCUCCACUUCCGCUGCCUUGGUGGCGACGGCGGCGAUGACGGUGGCGGAGAUGCAGGCCAUGCGUGACGCCGCGGACGCAGCCAACGCGCUUUCCAAGGCCGCGGCGGACGAGGCGGCUGCCGCCACGGCGCGCAUUGAGGCCAUUGAAGCCGCCCUUGCGACGCUGAGCGAUGCCGCUAGGGCUGCCACCAACGCGGCGGAGGCGGCGUCGACGGCGGCGAUGGGGGCCGGGGAAGCCGCCAGGGCGGCGGCGGCGGCGACUGAGGCGGCGGCGGCGAAUACCAACCAGACUUACGCUGCGCUGGCGGCGGAGGUGACGGCGGUGGCGGCGGAGGCGAAACUCGCCACGGCGGAGGCGAAGGUGGCGGCGGCGGAGGCGAAGGCGGCGGCGGACGCGGCGAGGGCUGCGGCGGAUGCAGGAAAAGCCGGGGCUGUGGGAGGAGCGGCGGGCGUUGUUGCGGUCAUUGCGGACGGUGCUUCGGAGGCUUCUAAAGCCGGUUCGGAUCCGAAGAGCCUGGUUUCGGUAGACGAGUUGCAGCGGCGAUUGGAGGAGAUCACACGGCAGCUGACGGCGGCUUCGGAGCGGGCUGAGGAGGCGCACUCCCUCGCUAAUGGAGCCCUGCAGGCUGCCGGGACGCGCCCGUCCAUUGAACUACCGAAGCAGCCCGACUCGACCCUGGCAGACAAACGGGCCGAACUUGAACAGCUCGACGCAAAGGUGAGCGCCGCUGCGGAGCAGAGCAGCUCCGCCUUCAUCCAGGUCCGCGGUCUGUCGGAGAAGCUGGUAGCCAUGGAGCUGCAACUCACCUCCAUCACCGCCUCCGUCAGCGCCACGCAGAGCUCCAGCGCGCAGAGCGGUGCGGAGCUGGCCAAGCAGGUGUCAGCGCUGGAGGCGAGGUUCACCAAGGAACUCGGGGAGGCGCUGCAGGAGCUGAUCGGUCAGGCUCAGGACUUGGACGCGCUGCGCAUCAAGGUGCAAUCGCUGGAGGCAGCUACUGCGGAUGCGGUUGCCCGAGCGGCGGCAGCAGGGGCGGGGCGGGACGGCAAGGACGGCAGCGACAAGUACGUGACCAUGCCGGAGAUGCAGGAAGUGCUGGACGCAAUCGCCGCCAAGAUGGACGGCCAGGCCAAGCAGCUCAAGUCACUGCAACGCGUGUCGGAUGGCCUGCUGGCGGACCUGCAGGAGGCGGCCCAAGACGUGGGUCAGAUGACAGUCCAGCUCAAGCAGCUCCGAGAAAACCACGAGAAGCUCUCAUCCGAACACGUCCAAGACAUAUCCGUCAUCCGCGAUCAACUCCGAGAGUUCAAGGAACGCGUCCAGGUGUUCAUGUCUGAAACCAACAACAACGUGCGAAGAGCGGGAGGCGGCAUGGCGCCUGGCGACCGACCCAAUACCUCUCUUGCGUUGGCUAGAGCCGGGGAGAUCAGUCCGGGUGUGGCGCCGCCGGCGAAUGUGGAUCCCAUGGCGGCGGCGUCUUGGCGGGCGGUGAUAGCGGCGGAUGAGGCGGCUCGUGCUCGUGAUGUGGAGCUCGAUGAGGGCAUUCAUGCCAUGGGGGAACGUCUCGAGGAAGCUGAGAAGGGUUUCCGCAUCAAGGCCGAGACGCUGCAGCAGAUUCUGCUCAAGAUCGCUCGCCAAGUGGAUCGUCUUCAGAACCACAUCAACAAGACGUACGGCGAACCAGGUGCCGAUGGCAUGGGAAGCAGUUCCACUAUCAUCCAAUCCAACAGGUAGAAAGGAUAAAGCGUGUGCGAGGCUUGUGGACGGCGAUGAGGAGGCGGUGGGUGUGCCGGUCGUCCGUACAUCCGUUACCGUUGCGCGUAUAACCGUUACGUUUCGUUUGCAUCACGUCUUAGUGUGGUCCUUGUGAUUCUCGUCCUCCCACCGCCGGUAUGCCCGAUAAGAAAAUGCGUAUGUUUCCUUGAGUCGUUUCUCAAUUUGUCAUGCACAUUGUUGUGCCCCAUGUGCAACAGCGUCUAGCGUGCCAUGGGUGUUGCGUUUUAGGCGCGUCGUAGUUGGGGCGGCCGUGUAGUGUGAUGGGUUGUAUGUGGGUUGUAUGGGCCUCAUGGCAUGGGCCGCUUUCAUGGGCUAGGUAGCUGACCUGAGACAAGUGACUUGUUAAGGGGUGACUUGCUAAUGGGAGGUGCUCUGUGCCACAGGUAAAGAAAGUAGGCACGAAGCAAUAAAAGUACCAAGGGGGGGGGGCAACUUAGGGGAACUGGGACAACAGCAUGCGACACAAGGGCUAUACCGGCUGUGUGUGGGUGUGUGUGUUUCCAGGUGCACCUCAGUCCCUGCCACACUCCAGCUGCAACUCACGCUGCUGCUGCUGUCCUCCCUCUCCCCUCCCCUUUUCCACCAUCCCUCCCUGCACAGGCCUCCCUCACCCAACACCCUCGCCCGGUUGAUCGGAGGUCCGCCGGUGCGCCGAAUAGACGUGGUGACAACAGGCGGCGAGGGCGAGGGGUUGCAGCAGCGCCCAUCUUUGGGAUAUGCUGCGUAGCGAUGCAGCGUAUGUAGUCGCGCGCUGAUGGCGGGUGGUUUGGAGAGCGACGACGCGGCGGGCGCCUUGCAGCUGUCAGCUCCGUCCUGUGGACAAAAGCAGCUCUUUGGAUAGCCGGUAUGGUGACAGCUUGGGUUGUGCGUUGCUACUUGCACCGGUGUUGAAUAUUGCAAGGGGAGUUGCAUGGGUCAUAAAGUGUCGUGGGAAAUGCGACAUUGCACCAUGUUUGUGAGGUUUGAUGUGUGAUCUUGGAGGUGGGAGGUGAGGCUUGGGAGGCAGCGGCAGCGGUAAGCGGGGAGUUGUGCAGAGAGGCUAGGGGUGCAGAAGCCUGGGUGGAGGCGGCUGCCGCAGGGAGAUGGGCCCGGCUUUGGGCUUUGAAACAUUGCGUAACCAUCGUGUGUGUGCCUACAACAAGUGAAUACUUCUGUGUUCUGCGUUUCUAACGUUGUGCAUGCAUGCACGUGUUGAGCAUGCAGCCUUUUAGGCCACGUGCUGCCUUUUAGGCCAUUGAAAGCGAAGUGAAGGCACCUGGUGGCGAAAAGGUGGGGUACAGUUUGAAGGUUGGCUUACCACUCGCUCAACACAGAGGCUUCAAUGGGGGAGAAGGGAUUCCGCAGCUUCGUGCCAUGGCUAUCUAUCCGUCCUUCAUGGUUGAUUGGUUUGGGCGCUGGAAUGCGCUCACGUGCAGUCCCAGCAUUUAACCCCUCCUUAGGCAUCCCUAAUUCCUUAUUGAGCAUCUUGCUUGUGCUUUAUCUUUAAUCCCUUUAGCCGUGAUAAACAUGCAGCGGUAUUGCGCGUUUAGUGCGUGUGUAUACAUCUGUGUGUAUGUUGUAAGCAUUGAGCUAAGCACAUCUGGGAAUGUUUCGUAGCGGCUGAAGUGGAAUCCAAGCUAGGACCCGGGACCCCGGUCGUCCACUGCCCCUCUGCGCUCGUAUAUAAGGGUCGUCUGGGUAAGAUGAUGUGAUCAUAAGGGGCUAGUGUGUUUUCAUCUGCCCACUUGCCGCAGUCGCCUGGACCCUGAGGUUGGCAGUGUUGUAGUGCGACAGAUGAUGGUUGCUGGGGCCAGGAAGGCGAAGGAGGGCGCUGGAUGGCUUGGUGUUGACUUGGCUGCGAUUUGUGGCCUAGGAAGGGGAGCCUUGAUAACGAGGUCUGCAUGUUGACCGACUGGGGAUAGCGCUGUUGCUGCUGCUGCUGCUAGGUGGGUGGGUGGGUGGGUGGGUGGGUGGGUGGGUGGUGUCUUAACUAACGCUGUGGUGUUGGCUGGCGAGGUCUGGCAUGGAAGGUGAUGUCUGCCCUCUUAACGGUGCGAGGACGGUGUGGGGUUUACUUACUGAUGCCGACUGAACCUACAAGCUACGACGAUGGAGAGGGAAGAGCCCGGCGGCUGGAUCUAUAAGAUUUGCAGAUAAUGAGCACGUGUUAUAACGAAGUAUGAGCCUGCUUUACGCUGAGAAGAGAAGCGGGUGCCUUGUAGAGCAGGGUUCUUGGAAACGGUCCAGAACGGAUGCUGAUGCGGCGGGCAACUCUUCACGCAAGGCACAUCCGUCCUUUUGUUCUUUGGUUGUUUGGUUGGCUGAGAGGCGGAGCAUAGGGCGGUAGCACCUGGUUUGCUGAACUAUUAAUCGGCCCGUCAUGUUAAGGGGCCACAAACGGGCCAAAACCCAACUUCAUGGUAUCAGGCGCCUCGCCUUAGGCUAUGCAUCUCUUGCGCUGUGUGACCGCUUGCUACCGCUGCUGCUGCUGUUAUUCUGUGCUUGGGAGAAAGGGCGGGUGAUGGGUGUUAGACACAGGCCGUCUGCACGUACCGGUAUGGAUUUAGCCAGGCUUGCCGGCUUCCUUGCCUCGCCUGCCUGCAUGCAUGCUUGUGUUUGCUGUGUUAAAGGACUUGGAGGGUUGGUUGGUAUUAAGCCCGAGCACACAUGGGAACGCGGCUGCGGUUGCGGGUGGGAGGGUGGCUCUAGGUUGCGGAAUGAGCUGCCACCGCAAUGCGGAAUAUCAUGGAGCGAAAGUGACAGUGUGCAGGAUGGCGCGCAAUCGCGUCGGCUUGGCUGUAGGUGUACGGUGUGCUGGAUUCGGUGUUACUAGCUUACAAUGCUCACUUUUCCCGUAGCUGUUUUGCUGCGCUUGAGUUUUCUUGACAGAUCUAGCGCUGCGGAUGCAGUGUUACGGAGCGAGGAAGGCUAGAUCUGAUGCUGGGUUGUUGGGUAUGCACGUUGUGCGUUGUAAUACUUCCAAGUGUACGGUAGUUUUAGACGUUUUGGGCUGUUGUGGGAGGGCAUGGUAGAUGGCACCCUACUCCGUUUUAUAUUCCCACCGUAAGCUCAAAACGGCGGUUGCAUCGUUUUGUUUGUUUCGGCCGUGGGGAUGCAACCCCUGCUUUUACGCAACCGGCACCCGCUACUUGCACUUCUGUUUCAUGGCAUGCGCAGCGCAAUCCUAUCGUAAGCCUCCAGGGUGGGGCAGGGUCCUGGAAAAGGGAACCCGCCUGACAUCCAAAUGUCGUCAAAUGCGGUCGUUGUUCGUUAACCUUGUCUGUGUUAAUCUGUUAAUUCCUUGUUUGUGUUAACGAACUCGCUAACUAAUUCGGGCUUGUCUGAGCAUCUCCUAGACGUCCUUGCUCUGGGGACACGGCGCAUGGAUAAUAUCACAGCGCAUAGCGCUUAGUCCUGCGCCACUAGCGUGCAUUAGGGUGUACUUUUGCAAGGGAGGGAUUGCACCGAACUGAUGCCAACUGACGUCCUGCAACGCUUCGCAGGCGACGCAUUGUCACGGUAUGCGGUAUAAUGGAGCGUUGCAAAAUGG